AUGGCAGCAUAUGCGCAGGAGAUGGCACCCUGGCAGGUGUACCUUGCCAGUGGCGCUAACCGGCUCUCCCAUGACCACAGAGGGGGACGCUGGAACAGCGUUUGCAGUGGUGCGGGAGGAUAUGGAACCCGCAUCUCAAUGGAAUAUGCAUCAAGUGUCCCUGUGAGCGUCACCAAUGUCUCAAACUCCCUGUGCGUCAAUGAGAGGGAGAAUAUGCAAGGUCUUAACGAUCGCUUCGCCUCCUACCUGGAAAAGGUACACCAACUAGAGGCAGCCAACGCACAGCUUGAGCUACAGAUCAAGGAACAUCUGGAGAGAAGCUCCCUUGGUGACUGUAAAGACAUGGGUGAACACUUGGCGAUGAUCGAUAACCUUCAGAACCAGAUUUCUGACUGGUACACAACCCAUGGCCAACUCAGGCUGCAGGUCGCCAAUGCUCAACUGGAAGUCUAUGACUAUAAAUACAAGUGUGAACAGGAGGAGAGGCGUCUCUUGGCAGCGGAGGCAGAGCUGAGCCACCUGCAGAGUAUUCAGCAUGAGUUAAUCUAUAGGGAAGGAGAUCUGCACAUCCAACUGGAUGGACACCUAGAGGAAAUGGACCUCCUCAAGAGCAAUCAUGAGGAGGGAGUGCAGGGAGUGAUGGCCCAGAUGUCUGGGUUGGUUAACGUGGAGAUGGACUGUGCUCACUCGGUGGACCUGAAUGAGAAACUGAGUCGCCUAAGGGAGCAGUGUGGGGCGAUGGUCCUGAAGAACAAAACAGAGGCUGAGAGCUGGUUUCAGAGCAAAGUGGACAGCAUGAAGACCCAGGUGACCGUCUGUUCCGAUGGGUCCGAGGUCAGGCAGACAGAGAUAGGUGACCUAAAGCGAAUAGUCCAGGAUCUAACUCUGGAGUUGCAGCUAUUGGAGACCCAGCAGCACUUAGACAGCCUGGAGGAGGAGCUGCUGCAGCUAUGUACAGCCACAGAGCAGCAGGCUGUCCAGUACCUGAUGCUACUGGACAUCAAGACCAGGCUGGAGAGGGAGAUUGCUGAGUACAGGAGACUGCUGGAUGGAGGGGGAGCCAGGUAA